CCGAAUACUAACAGGUGAAGAAUCGGAUAAAGACUUUUUAGGAAUCUUAAUAAGUUAAGCUUAAUAAAAGGAUUUAGUUUUAAUAGAUGCUUAUUUAGUUGACAAAAUAUAAAUAAAUGACGAAGAUUUGGGUGGUAAAAAUAAUCUUAUAUUAAUAGAAUAAACAUAGUAAUAUUGCAUCUUUAAAAGAUUAUUAAAUACAAACGAUCCAUUUGAUAAAAUAUAUAAAUAAAAUGAAAUUGUAUGGAUAGAAUAUUAAAUAAUGAAUGAAUCAAGUUCUAUAAUAAAAUAAGGAAAAGUAUAAUUUCCAUUCUAAAAUGGUUAUCAUGGUAGUGGAAUAGGAUGGAAAAAUGAAUCCCCAAGUUUAAUUAAACUAUUUCAUUUUUGGGUUAAUUUUGCAAUGUGGGGAAUUCUUGUAGAUUUAGGAAACUGUGCAGCAAGAUUUUUUAAAACUAAAAAAUACUAUAUUUAAAUACAUGGAUAUAUUAUGCUUUUGGUUUGUACUACUACUUUUAUAGUUGAAAUGAUUGUUUUGGUGAAAAACCCUAAAAUUUUUAUUAGAUAUUCAACUUUAUCAUAAAUUUAAAUAUUGCAUUUCUUAUUGGGAUUUAUUUUUAUGAUUUUGUUUAUAUUAUAAGUUAUUGGUGGAUAUGUAUUGUAUUUAAUAUUUUCAAGAGAAUAGUUUAAAAUGAAUAAAUAUUCUUACUAUUAUAAGCUAUUUCAUUAAAUUUUUGGAUAUAUGCUUUAUUUUGCUGGAAAAGCAGGUGUUCUUACAGGAUUUAUAUUAAUUGAAGAUUAAUAUGUAAUUAUAACGUCUAAAGGAAUCAUAAAAUUGUAUAACAAUAUGAUAUUAGUAUUAUACGAUAAUAAAAUUUACGAUAUUGCAAAAGUAAAUCACCCUGGUGGAAAUUUUUUAAUGAUGUAAAUAAAAGGAAGAGAAAUAGGUCGUUUUAUGUACGGAGCUUUUGGUUUGGAAACUACAAAUAUUAUAAGUCUUAAAAAGGAUUUUCUUAAUAUAUUCAUGAGAAUGUUGACUAAUUUUAUAUAAGAGGACCUUAU